AUGACAGAAUUCAAACUUGCCUUAAUCCAACUGGCAGUAGGAGCAUCAAAAGUUGAAAAUGUGAAAAAUGCUGUGAAGUUUAUAAAAGAGGCUGCUGGUAAUGGUGCCAAGUUAGUUGCUUUACCAGAAUGUUUCAAUUCACCGUAUGGUACUAACUAUUUUGGAGAGUACGCUGAAUCUAUCCCGGGACCAUCGACAGAUUCUCUCUCACAAGCUGCUAAGGACAAUCAGGUUUUCUUAGUUGGAGGGUCUAUUCCAGAAAGUGAAAAUGGUAAACUCUACAACACUAGUACCAUAUUCAACCCUCAAGGUGAACUUAUAGGUAAACAUAGAAAGGUACAUCUGUUUGAUAUAGACGUACCAGGUAAAAUACGGUUCCAGGAAUCUGAAGUUCUAACAGCUGGUAACACUCUGACCAUGUUUAAUACACCAUUUUGUAAAGUUGGUGUUGGAAUAUGUUAUGACAUCAGAUUUGCUGAAUUGGCUCAGAUUUAUACCAGAAGAGGCUGCAACUUACUUAUCUAUCCUGGUGCCUUCAAUAUGACAACAGGACCAGCACAUUGGGAAUUACUACAAAGAGGAAGAGCACUGGAUAAUCAGGUCUAUGUAGCUACUGUUAGUCCAGCAAGAGAUGAGAAGGCUUCCUAUGUUGCUUGGGGACACAGUACUGUCGUCAAUCCUUGGGGUGAAGUUAUUUCUACUACAGAACAUCAAGAAACAAUAGUUUAUUCUGAUAUAGAUGUGGAAUAUGCGAAGCAGGUACGAAGUAUGGUUCCAAUUUCAACGCAGAGACGUGAUGAUCUUUACAAAUUACAAGAUGUAACCAAGGGCAAUAACUCUUGA